GAAGUAGCAGAUUAGUGGAAGUUUUAGACGUUUGGGGUGCUUCCGAAAUGGCCAGGGUUGGGUCGAGUUGAGUUGGUUCCAUUAUAGUAUAUGUGUAACGGAUUAAUGUUUUUAACAUAACAUAGAAAAGAUAUAUUAAAUGCAAUCGUUAUAAUUGAUCUAAUAUAAUGUUGUCACUAAAUAUGAUGUCGACAGCUAAAGUUACAUUUCAUAUUGGACGAUAUACAAUUUAUAACAUGAUGGCUAAUGGAUUUCAUCAAUCUUAUAUACGACAUUCAAAUAUAAGAUGGAGAGAGAAUUUAACACGUUGACUGCCAACCACGAGAUAUCUCGUAGGUUGUUCACUUGCCCAGGAUACAUAACUACGAGUUAUCUCGUCCCUUCAUUAUUUGCCAUAUUUGUUAGCUACGAGGAAACUACUCGUAGCAUAACAGUGCGUGGAUUAACAGCUAAUCCAAAUGCUUAUGGUCCACUGACAAAUUUACCAGAUUAUAUAUUUAAAUCUGGAAAACCUACACCACUUGGAAUAAGACAGAAAGCACGGAUGGAAAAGCAACAAGAAUAUGCAACAAGAAUUAUUCAAUUGGUAGGAGAGAUAGAUUCUGCUGUUGAAAGGCAUGCCAAAAUGCAGGAAGAGGAAAAGCAAAGAAGACAACAAAUUCUCGACAAUAAAUUAAAACCCAAGGGGGAUCUAUUACUUAAAAAACAAGUAGAUAAGAAAAAAUCGUAGCUAUUUUGUAAGUAGCAAACAGUAUAUUUAAAUAAUAAGUGUUGUAUA